CCUCGCCGUUGCCAAUUGUUCGUCACACUCUCCAUCCACUCAAUGGAAAGCCGGAGUGUCAGACUGAGAAGACAUAUUGAGCUAUUCUACUAACCUUCAGUGCACGUUUCGAGCGUUUCCAGCUCUGUUGUGUCGCGCCAACGCUGCAGGUGUGAGUCACUGCCAGAAUGGGACGUACCAAGCAAGAUGCCUCAAUUGGCAUCAUCGGAAUGGGCGAUAUGGGCAAGAUGUAUGCCCAGCGCUUGAGUGAUGCAGGAUGGAGGUAAAUCCCCACCCUUUUCUCUCACCCGCCGUCUUGCUGCCACGGCGGGUGACCAGCUUGAAUGAUCUUUCCAUUAUGGGAAUUUUUGGUUCCUGCCUCUGCAGAUCUUGUGAUGCGACUCGAGGAGUACUUUUUGACUAACAUAAAAUACUAUUAUCUCUUUCAAAGAAUCAAUGCAUGUGACAGACCUGAGAAUUAUGAAUCUCUGCAACAAGAGUUCGCUUCUCAACCCUUGGUUACCAUCUUCCCGAAUGGCCAUCUCGUUUCCAGAAUUAGCGACUUUAUUCUUUACAGUGUAGAGGCCGGCGUCAUCGACCGAGUCGUUGCACAGUACGGGCCAUCUACUAAACAGGGUGCUAUCGUUGGUGGUCAGACCUCCUGCAAGGCGCCUGAGCUUGCAGCGUUCGAAAAGCACUUGCCUGCAGAUGUAGAGAUCGUAUCUUGCCAUUCGCUGCAUGGGCCCAAGGUGAAUCCCAAGGGCCAGCCAUUGGUAUUAAUUCAACACCGGGCGUCUGACGAAAGCCUCCAAUUCGUCGACGACAUUCUCUCCUCGUUCGGAUCCAAACAUGUCUAUCUCACCGGCGAGCUGCACGAUCGUAUCACUGCCGACACCCAAGCCGUUACCCACGCUGCCUUCUUGAGCAUGGGAACCGCAUGGCAAGCCAACAACCAAUUCCCUUGGGAAAUUUCGCGAUGGGUUGGUGGUAUCGAGAACGUCAAGAUUAAUAUCACUCUCCGCAUCUACUCAAACAAAUGGCACGUCUAUGCCGGUCUCGCUAUUCUCAACCCGGCCGCCAAACAGCAGAUUCGCCAGUAUGCCGAUUCCGUGACCGAACUAUACAAGCUCAUGAUUGGGGGACACCGGGAAGAGCUUAAGCGCCGAGUGAAGGCUGCCGGUGCAUCGGUGUUCAAGGAGGGCACGGAAGCACAAGAUCUGCUGUUGAGUGAUGAGGUUCUAGAUCGCUUCUCGCUUUCCAACCAGACUCGGGAGAAGUCGCCCCCAAACAGCCAUCUGAGUCUGCUUGCCAUUGUUGACUGCUGGUCGAAACUUGACAUUGUUCCCUAUGACCAUAUGAUUUGCUCCACGCCGCUCUUCCGUUUAUGGCUGGGUGUGACUGAAUACCUGUUUCGCAACCCUGAACUCCUGGACGAAGCCCUAGAUACAGCCAUUGAUGAUAAUACUUUCCGCUCCGACGACUUGGAGUUCACAUUUGCUGCACGGGCAUGGUCUGAUUGCGUCUCCUUUGGAGACUUCGAGUCCUACCGGGACCGCUUCGAGCGGAUUGCACAGUACUUCGCUCCCCAAUUCCCCGAAGCUGCCAAGCUUGGAAACGAGAUGAUGAAGACGAUAUUGGAGAAGACUGAGAACAAAUCUUAAUUUCGUGGCGAUGUAAUAUAGCACUAGGGACAUACGGGGAUCUUAUGCCAGUGUAUGAUAGAAGCCAGUUGGCUUCGAUUUAGCAUUAUGACAACGUAAUACUUUCUUAAUGCAACUGUCUCGAAUUA